GCUCCACGAUACCUACUUCGCAGUCAAACUAAACGGUAAUCUUACAUCAGCUUCAGAUCAAUAAUCUACCAAGAUGCGCGGAACCACUUUGAUAAUGUCGCUGUUCUUUACAGCCAUCACCGCUCUGCCACAAGGACUAAGCCCCUCGAUUAACUAUUGCGCGGGCAACAAACAGACCAUCGGGCACUGCGAAGUACUCUCCUACGUAGAUACCACAACGUCAGCUUCAAAUCCGCCCACUGUGAAGGAAUGUCAAGAGGCGUGUUGGAGUGUGUUUAUGGACGCCGGAGAUUGGGCUGUACCACUUGCAGGAAAACCAGAGGGUUACCGCCAACGCAUGGUCGGUUCACCAUGCGGGUUCAGCAUAGCUGCCAUACCCAACACAACGCACGACUUUAGUUUCGCCAUGGACAAUCAAGAUAUUGCGGAUAUCAUCGAUGAAGUCGUAAAGAGGUUUGCGCCUUUACACGGUGGUAGGGUAGCAGCAGAGGGGACAGUGAGAUGUGAUGGACAUGAGGCAAAGUGGUGGGUUAGUAGGGAUGCGCGAUGAAGAGAUCGAUGAUAAAAGUUUGCGGAAGGCAGAAGAUAAGUAUAUGGAAUAAUAGAAAAUAUGUAAGCCUCUCUACUAUAAGGAACCCUGAACUCCUCAUAUGAUUCUUACGCUCUUGGACCGCAUAUAAAGAUCACAAUGAAAUGUAGUGC